AAUUAUUCGCACCAAAACACGAUGACCAACGGUCCGGAAGUAAAUAUUCCCUAGAAUUGUACCUCCAUGUGUCUUCGUCUGUGAUGCCACCACAUUUUAUUCUGCUAUGGCAGCUGAAGCGCGAGAACUUCACGUGCGUCUUAUACGCUUUUACGCGCGUUUAAGAGAGCAGGAUAAGAAAUGGACGAAUUUAUUAAAGCAAGCUGAGGAUCCACUCGAAUCAUUAGAUGAAAAAGCCGAACAAUAUCGACACAUUAGAAGCUUGAAUUUGAAGGAAGUGCAGGAGACCAUUGGUGAGGAAGCAUGGAGAAGAUUGCAACACAAAAUUCACAUGUGCAUGCAGAAAGAAGUCACUCGUCUCUUAGAUAUCCAAAUGCAAUUGAAAAACAUUUGUCAGGACAUGGAGAAUCAUUUGAAGAAUCUACAAGACGCCAGGAGUAGAGUGCUUGUAAAGGACCAAUGGAUGCAAGUGUUAGUCAACGGAACGGCGCAUCGACCGAAUCUUACCAAUCUCCUAGUGUGGUCCAUGGAUGCUCACCAGCAUUACAAUAACAUGUGUCUUCGUAUCGACAACUGCUUCGACAAGCUUAACUAUGAUGUAAGAGAUACUAUUGAAGAUCUGACCGCGGUGUUCGUAGAUGAACGGAGCGGAAGGAAACAGAUGCAGCAUAUACUCGCCUUUACGCAGUUUCUGGCUAAAGAACCUCCUCCUCCUCCUUAAGGAAGCGAAAACACGGAUCCAACAAGGCAACGGAACUAAUAAAAUUGUGAUACUUUAUGAUGUAUUAAGAAUAAUUAAUUUUUAUUAAAGGAAAAUUAAAAAAUA